GACGCUCACUCGCUAGCUCGCUCGCUCGCUCACUUACUUACUCGCUCGCUCACUCAGCCGGCCGGUAGUCGACUGUUCGGGAAGCAGCCGUGAGCACACGGCCGUCACUUGCGUGGAGCUCCACGGUGUCAAUCGGAAAUCGAGAACCCGACUUUUUUUCCGGGAGAAAUCUGCGGAUCUUUCCCCGCCAUUCUCCCAGCGCCACUGCGGAGAACUUGACCCAGCAAAGGGGAAUCGGGACGCCGAAGUGUUGGGAAACUUCCCCUCCGGCCAUCGAUCCAGAGACUUGGAUGGAGCCAGAGCGGCGCGCUUGAGGCUCAACUCGAAACCGCGGUGGAAGUCAAGCGUGGAACCCUCCUGACUUGUAGAUGAUCCUCUAGUUUUCUUUUUCUGGCUUUGGAGGUAGCAGUCCAGUUCAGUCCAGGGGACCCCCCCACUUUCUCUUUUUUUUUUUGCCCCCACAAGUGGGAUUUGCGCAAGUUGCAUGCUCGCUCUUUGUGCACGGUUCUAACGCAGAAGACCCCCGGGAGAGCUGAGGUGCCAUGGCGCAGCUGUGUGCGGGGAUUUGCGUGCUCCUCUUGGUGCUGCACGUCCAAGGGAAUGAUGCAUCCCAAAUGUCGAGCCUCGGUGGAGGUGCCCGCUCCCAGAUGGUCCAGAUGGACUCGAGCAAGUCGGGCUUCGUGGGCUCCCAGGUGGAGCUGCGCUGCAUUUUCAUCAACAGCAACCCACCGGUGAAGAUCUCGCAGGUGACCUGGCAGACUGCUCACGGCACCAAGCAGAACGUGGCCAUCGAACCGGCCCUGGGCGUCUCCGUGCUGGCGCCCUUCAAGCGCGUCAGCUUCAAGCAGGCGGCCGUGCGCCACCGCACGCCCUCGCUGGAGGACACCACCAUCGUCUUCUCCAACUUGCAGCUGUACGAUGAGGCGGCGUACAUCUGCGAGUACACCACCUUCCCGGCGGGCAACCGCGAGAACAUGGUCAACCUCACCGUCUUGGUUCGCCCAAUGACUCGCAUGACCUUGACCACGCCCACCAUCGUGGCCCGCUCGCAGCGCCGCAAGAUGACGGUGGCCACGUGUGUGUCGGCCAACGGCAAGCCGCCCAGCGUCAUCCGCUGGGACACCAGGCUGAAGGGCGAGGCCACCUUCCAGGAGAUCCGCAACCAGAACGGCACGGUGACGGUGCGCAGCAACUACGUGAUCGUGCCCGGCCGGGAGACGCACAAGCAGAAGCUGACAUGCAUCGUCACCUACCGCAACGAGAGGUUCACCGACAGCGUGGUGCUCAAUGUGCAGUAUGAACCCGAGGUGAAGAUCGAGGGCUUUGACGCCAACUGGUACCUGAACCGCCAGAAUGUUCAGCUGACCUGCCGGGCGGAUGCCAACCCGCCGGUCACCAUCUACCAAUGGAAACUCUUGAACGGCUCACUGCCGAGCAACGUGGAGAUCAAGAACAACAGCUUGUUCUUCAAGGGCCCCGUCACCUACGACUUGGCCGGCACGUACGUGUGCGACGCCACCAACGGCAUCGGCACACGCACCGGCAUCGUGGACGUCAACAUCACCGAGAAACCGAUGGCGCGGGGCCCCCCGGGUGGCGUUAUCGGGAUCCUCGGAGGCAUCGUGGCCAUCGGCCUCAUCAUCGGCGUGGCCGUCACCGUGGUCAUGGUCCACCGGCGCCAGCAGAAGACCCGCACGGAGACAGAUAAUGACCUCAUCGCCGUCGCGGCCGUAACUGACAGUUGCGUGACACAGGCUGCGGAGAAGCCAGAGUCGGCCACAAGGACCGACCUCCCGCCGGCCCACAAGCCCGCCCCGCCGCCGCCCAAGAAGAAGAACAACGACAUGAAGGGACACUUGACAUCCGAUGACAUCCAGGUGGUCCAUCUGGACAAAGACGAGGAGAUGCAGAAGCUCCCUCUCCAGCCGCCUUAUUACGACAUGGCGCCCUCCGAGUCGACCCCCUUCACCGAUAAGCCGGACUCCGGGAACCAUCCGGCAGAGCCGUUGAACCCGACCGAAUACAUGAGCCACCAGCGUGACCUGGACCUGCAGCCCGAGUGUCAGCCGGCCGCCCCCCCGAGCCACCCGCCCAUCAGCUUCCUGCCGCAGCACGCCUACGCCCAGCCGCCCUCCAACGAGCCCAUGUACUCCAACACCGGUUUCUCGGCCACCGCCGGCCCACGAGCACAAUUCCCUAAGGAGCAAUCCGUGUGAACCCCCCAAACAGCAAAACCACCUCAGACCCCCACCCGCCCCCACCGGUUUCCAGCUUUGCGUCGUUUUCUACUGUGUUAAAAAAAAAAGGAAAAAAAAGUAUUUUUUCUUGGCACUUUGCUAGUUUGUUGUCACUUUUUCCCUAACCGCCAUUACUUACUCCCCCCUUCGUCUGCCAAUCAAAUUUCUUGCUUGCUCUCCCCUCUAAUACACUGCAAAAAUGGGUCUGAAAAAAAAGAGACAAACAGACAUUAAAUAAAGAAUAUAUUAGUAUGUUAAUGAAAGUUAUUUGCCAGUGCAUUAGGAACAUUGAUUCUGUAAAAAGGAAAAAUGCAAAGUCUCUUAAAAAAAAAUGCCAUCAAUGUCUCAGUAGCUCUGCACUAAUAAAUAAAAUAUCUUAGUUUGAGCUAAACUUUUUGCAGUGUAUAGUGAGCAUAAGUUUUCCUUGGUGAAAAGUUCCGCGAAAACCUUCCGACCGCCGCAGGACCGUUACGUGAUGGUGAACCUUCUCGUCGUUUUGACCUUUUGGCUUGUUAAGGGUGAACGUUAGCACGUAUAGUUAUGAGGAAACACACAUAAUUAAAUUAAAAAAUAAAACAAGGGCUUGCGAUACGAGAGUAUGCUUUCGUAUUUCUCUAGUUCCAUCCGCGCAAGGCAUUCUUUGUUUUUUGUAAAUACAUAUUUUCUAGUCGUAGUUGCCAAAGACAUAUACAGUAACUCCAUUUUUUUUUUUCAACGCGAGAUAUACAAUCACUGAUUGGCUACAUGUGCUAUUUUCACAGCUCAUGAGGGUCGUUUUAUUUGUUUCGAUGAUAAAAAGGCUUCGCAAGUCACCAAUCGAUGCAUUCUUGUUUUAAGCUAGCAGACAAGAACAACAUCCAGGUGUUCCGUGCGUUCUUGUUUUAGUCGUACUUUUAAUUAGGAUAGGACGACGGCUACGACAUUUCACAAGGACGGACAACACUGCCGGUUGAGGAACAGCUAAUGACUUUGAAAUUGUUUUGCUAGUUAGGAACAUAAUUAGCAUUAGCUUUGGGAGUAUAAUUGGGCUAAAACGUCAUCUCGCUAUCUUUGAAAUUCAACAACAAUUUGAAAGGCAAAUUAGCGACAUGUACCAGAUGUCAGUCAAGUUUGUGACUAUUUUUACUUUUAUUUCCUGACAAAACCUGCGACUGUACAGAAGCACUUAGCGUCACUUGUUGUGACGCUACAUUGGAAACCAUACAUAAGCUAAUAAAUACAUCACAAACAAAACACAUGAACUCUCGACAUGGCAAAUUUUCAGCGUUUUUUUGCUUUUAUUUCCUGUUUUUUUGCUCGCUCCUUUUUUUUGCCAUAUCGGAUGUAUACGAAAAAAAUAUAUAUUUGUGUUUGUGCUGAUGUGAUAAAAAAAAAAAGUGUUGAAAGUGAUUUUUCUUUAAGUGGGUGUUCCUAAAAGAGCGAGUAUGAAUUCCUGCUGAGGAGCUUGUUAGCGUACCACCGAAACACAUUGUUGUCUUCUAUUUGUGACACAAU